UCGUCCACUUGUCGCCGAUCCGGUAGGUAAUUCGGUUUUCCACUUCGCCAUGGCUCUCGUUACUCACCAGCUUUCUUCUCUCAAAUUCUCCACCUCACAUUCGCGGUUAUUUACCGUAUCUGCUAUCCGUCCUCAACGCUGUCGUUUACCCCCAGCUCGCCGGCGCUUCCUGGUAGUUAAAUCCACCGUCGCCGUCGAAUCUCCUGCGUAUUCCUCCGCCGACCGCGACGAUGGCUACUCGAAUCUGUUGCUCGAAGUCAAAGACCUCUCCGCCGUCAUCUCCGAGUCUAAACAGCCGAUUCUCAAAGGGGUUAACCUCACGGUUCGCGAGGGAGAGGUACAUGCUGUAAUGGGGAAGAAUGGUUCUGGAAAGAGCACAUUUGCAAAGGUCCUCGUUGGGCAUCCCGAUUAUGAAAUUACAGGAGGCAGUGUGACAUUUAAAGGCGAGAAUUUGCUUGAGAUGGAACCGGAGGAAAGGUCUCUCGCUGGGCUUUUCUUGAGCUUCCAGUCCCCAGUUGAGAUUCCUGGUGUGAGCAAUAUUGAUUUCCUGAACAUGGCAUAUAAUGCUAAGAGAAGGAAACUUGGACAGCCAGAACUUGGACCAAUUGAGUUUUAUGGAUACAUCGCCCCAAAACUUGAACUUGUGAACAUGAAGGUAGACUUCUUGAACAGAAAUGUGAACGAAGGGUUCAGUGGUGGAGAAAAGAAGCGAAAUGAGAUUUUACAACUAGCGGUCCUCGGAGCUGAGUUGGCUAUGUUAGAUGAAAUUGAUUCGGGCUUAGAUGUUGAUGCACUUCGAGAUGUGGCAAAAGCAGUGAAUGGGCUAUUAUCCCCCACAAAAUCUGUUUUGAUGAUUACUCAUUAUCUACGACUCUUGGAGUUUAUUAAGCCAAACUUUAUCCACAUCAUGGAGGAUGGUAGAAUCGUGAAGACAGGGGAUAUAUCCAUAGCUAAACUUCUAGAGAAAGAAGGAUACAAGGCAAUUUCAGGUGCAUAGCAGACUAUAUCUAAGCUGGUGUUCACUCCCUCCAUUCUGUCUUCUUCGUCUUUUUAGUGAACUUCACUACCUAUCCGCGAAGCAUAGGGUGAUUCAUUAAUUCAUUGGAGGAUACAAGGUAUAGUUGCCUAACAAUGAAGAACUUAAUAAUCUUGAAGAACUGGAACUAAAAUAACUCAGCACCAUUUCAAACCUCCAACUUGGAAGAGGAUCUGGGAGUUUCAAAGCCUGUGAGUAUUGAGAUGUGAUGAAUUUUCCUUUCUUGUUUCCAGUUUCUUGUGCAGUUGCCCUUGCAGGGAAAAUGUCUGUUUUGUUAGUUUACUUAGUUACUGUAAUCAUUAUCUUCUUUUUUGUUCCUUUGAAUUGGUAUCAUGUCAUGUAUGUGGGGAAGUAAAACAAUUUUUAAAGUCUUGCAGUGAAUUAAAUGUUGAAUAGAAA